CGUGUCCAAUCGUAGCGGCCUAGAGAAGAGGGAGUGUCGCUGUGCUAUCCCAUGCAGAAAGUGGCUCGUCUUCCUAACUGGGAGAGAUAACCCUGCUGUCUUUCUGCUCCAGGUGCACACGGUGAUCUGAGACACGCAGCCUCCACUGUCUGCCCCUCUGUCCCCACAACUCAGCCUUUUGUCCCCUCCCUACCCCUCCACCACCUCCAGGAUGGGCUGCGUCCAGAGCUUCAGGGAUCUGUGCGACCGUCCCAAGAACACCAACGUGCGCGUCAGCCUGCCGGUGGUCUGCUUCGUGUGGCAGACGGCCAUGGUCAUCCUGUUUGGCGUCUUCAUCCGCUACAACACCGAGUCGGACGUCCGCUGGCGGGAGUUCAGGAGGACAAACAACAUCUCGAGCGACAUCGAGAAUGACUUCUAUUUCAGAUACCCAAGUUUCCAGGACGUCCAUGUGAUGGUGUUCGUGGGCUUCGGGUUCCUCAUGACCUUCUUGAAGCGCUACAGCUUUGGGGCGGUGGGCUUCAACUUCCUCAUUGCGGCCUUCGGCCUCCAGUGGGCGCUGUUGAUGCAGGGCUGGUUCAGCUCCCUGGACACCGACGGGAAGAUCAAGAUCGGCGUUGAGAACCUGAUCAACGCGGACUUCUGCGUGGCCGGCUGCCUGAUUGCCUACGGGGCGGUGCUGGGGAAGGUGAGCCCGGUGCAGCUGCUGGUGCUCACCCUGUUCGGGAUCACCCUGUACGCCGUGGAGGAGUACAUCAUCCUGUCCAUCAUACACGCCAGGGAUGCUGGAGGCUCCAUGGUGAUCCACACCUUCGGGGCUUAUUAUGGUCUGGCCAUCUCGUGGAUGCUGUACCGGCCCAACCUGGAGCAGAGCAGCCGUCUGCAGGGCUCUGUGUACCACUCAGACGUGUUCGCUAUGAUCGGCACCCUGUUCCUGUGGAUGUUCUGGCCCAGCUUCAACUCGGCCCUGACGGACCACGGGGACGGGCAGCACCGGGCCGUCAUCAACACCUACCUCUCCCUGGCCUCCACGGUGCUCACCAGCGUGGCCGUCUCCAGCCUGUUCCAGAAGCAGGGGAAGCUGGACAUGGUGCACAUCCAGAACGCCACCCUGGCGGGGGGCGUGGCGGUGGGCACGGCGUCCGAGUUCAUGCUGAUGCCCUACGGCUCGCUCAUCGUGGGGUUCUUCUGCGGCAUCAUCUCCACCCUGGGAUACAUCUACCUCACGCCCUUCCUGGAGAAGCACCUGAAGAUCCAGGACACCUGCGGGGUCCACAACCUCCACGCCAUGCCGGGGGUGAUCGGGGGGGUGGUGGGCGCCAUCACGGCCGCCGCCGCCACAGAGACCGUCUAUGGAAAAGAAGGGCUGAUAAACACAUUUGACUUUGAUGGUGACUUCAAGGGCACAACCCCUAGUAGGCAGGGGGGCAUGCAGGCAGCCGCGCUGUGUGUGGCCCUCGUCUUCGGCAUCGGGGGGGGCAUCUUCGUCGGGUGUAUUCUAAGGUUACCUAUAUGGGGAGAUCCUGCAGAUGAGGACUGCUUCGAUGACCAGUUCUACUGGGAGUUACCUGAAGACGAAGAGAGUGUUGAACCUGUCCUUGAAUACAAUAACCACACAAUAAGGAACAAAAACGUAGCUGAAACCAUUUUCAGUGUUGAGCAGACCUGACCUGUCUGCUUCCUGCAGGAACCCUGGUUCCUUGUCCUUUAACUACGGUUUCGAACCUUCAAACUGAUCAAACAAGGCACUUAGGACUAGUCUAAUAAUGGCUCCUAUAUCUCUCUACAUUUCUCAAAAGUUUUAAAUUAGGAAUGGGAUGGCGAACUUUCCCUCUUCAAACGCAAAUAUGGGGGAUUUGCCGCUUUGCAUAGCUAGGGCUUUUAAUUUGGAAUAUUUCGAUUCAUAAUAAUUUUUAUCUUGCAGUUGAACAAGUUCUAAGAUAACUAUUACUUGUUGAAAUUGUGUUGCUUGAAGGAUAAAACCUAAACUGCACUUUAAUGUUUGAUUCCUGGUUUUGCACAAAAUUCUAAUUUGUCCAACUGCUGGUGAAGUCGUGGGACUUAGAAAUUAUGCUUGAAGUAAACACAUAGAUGAAUUAUUUGAAAUGUGCCGUUGGCAAAAAAAAACUCCUAAAAAAAUUAAACUGCAUAGUUGCAGUUUUUGUCCAAAUUUUCCCGGUUUUAAUAAAUAUUUGGAUAACUAAAUUUUUUUGAUGUAGUUCGAUAGAAAGAUAAAUAGAACAUUAGAAUCAACUUAGAAUGUAUGAAUGAAAAUUGGCAAUAACCAUUUUCAUUUUAACAAAAAUACUGAGGGCAUUAAUCCAACUCAAUAUUUGUGUAAAUGUCUUUACAAUUGUCAUGGCAACUUAUGUGUUUGUAUAAUAAUAACUAUAUGUAAAAGUGAACAUUAGUUACAGCAAUUUAAUGAUUUUUAAUGUAAUACAUGUUUAUUUAUUCAAAUUGGAUUGACGGUGGAUGGUGUUAUGGAUAAUCAUUGAUCUUCAACAGGUUAUCCAAUAAAUAAAAGUUUAAAAAACAAUUCAAGGUCAGUCAUGUCCCGGGGAUUGUCUCCUGAGGGUUCAGGUCAAAGGUCAAGUAGUCUGCCGUCUCCAGUGGUGGUCAGUCAACAGCUUUAUUGGUCUGACCCUAGGUCAAAGGUCAGACAAACAGAAAGGUUAGUGACCCGGCUACACGUGUAAGACCAAACGGGGACGCACGCACAUGGUCGCUGUAAAAUGUAUUGUUUUAGAAAUGUGUGUUACUUUAAUGACACAAGAAGAACAAUUGAUACUGACUCUCCAGCAGACUGGGCUGUUUCUAGCCUAUUACCGCCUAUCUAUAAUAUAUUAUCGGGCAAUUAGCAUCUGCUGGUUAAAACCCUUUAAUAACGAUGUGUAGACCUACUUGUCGAUUCACAGCAGAAACAAAUUCCAUCCCCUUUCUCCUCCGGCCAUAUUCUGCCUUGCGCUCAUCCUCCAAAAAGCGGUUUGAUUGUAUAUACAUACACACACCUUUGCGUUAUUUCUUUAUUUGCGUCAGUACAAUGACCUUUGUUCACUCUUAUCCAAACGGACCCAGCCGAGCAGUAUCAGAGCGGCGGCUAGGCUACAACAUCUCCUCCACCGGCGUCGUUAGACGAACGGACCUCUGCGUUAGAUAGCGGGGAACGACCCCCACACU